AUGCCACCAAUAUUUAGCCGACUUCGCACCGCCCUCUCUCGACGGGAUAAAGCGUUGUCUUUCUCCGUCGGAUCGAAGGAAUCGAUAUGGAAACGACUUCCUGACAAUGCAUUGAUCAGAUUGGUCUCACUAUGUGAGCUAGAUGACAUUGCGUCGCUAGCAUUGACAUGUCGUUUGUUACACCGGCGGAUCUUUAAGAAUGAAUUGGCUAUAUCGCAUGCAUACAUGAACCUCCACCGACGAGAAACCUUUGGUUUCAGAAACGAUACAAUUCUCUCGCCAGGCGAUGAUUUGACCUUCAUAUCGGAACUAUUCCCACCACCUCCACCUCAUUAUGCCAUCGGUGACAGUCACGACGAUGCCGAUUAUUCUUUCGCCUAUCUAUCUGAUCUAAAACGGUGCUGGACAACCUGUAUACAGCUGUCAUAUCAUUUGGCCGAUCAUGCAGUUCGGCAUCAUCUCGACACGGACCCCAUUGCUCGACUGCUUUGGACUUCUUCGAAAACCGAGAAAGAAGUUGUAUACAGUAGAGCCGUGGCGACACUUCACUCUAAACUUCUCUAUCCAAUGGCGUACGCCAUCUUCUUCCUCGAGUCGUGUGCAGCAGAUGCUCAUAGUUCAGACUCCUCGGUCCAGAUCACCAAUCUUUUCAAGUUAAUUGAAGAUCAGAAGUCCAUUCUUCAAUCAUCACCGUUUACGAAUACUCAAACUCUUCUUUCGACCCAGCACUGCCUGGAACUUCUUUGUGCGACUGUCCGUCGACUCAUGCACCCCGAAUUCCCUUAUUCAUCCUCCGAAAGCUGGGUCAGUCUGCUCCUUAUGACAUCUACUUUGGAACGAAUACUUCAGUUCUUCAUCGCGGUUGCGCACGAUGAAGAGAAAAGAGAGUCUCCAUCUCGUACCUCGAGCUGGUCACGUCGUAGAGAGUUUAUGUGGCAGAUGCGUGAUGAUCUAGGCCAUUAUGUGGCUAGUUCAGCCUUAACUUCCAAUCGGGUCUCUCACGCUCCUCUGGCUCUUGAGAACGUCUGGUUCGGAGCUUGUCAUCACGAAAUGCUUCGUCGAGGGGGCGUCCCGCAUAAGACUGAGGAGCCUGUUCCGGUCCUCCAUGGGUCGGCGAUAAAACUACAUUGUAAAUACUGUUACAUCGAGGAAUAG